GGGUCGUCGACGGGAGUGGAGCGCGAUCAAAUGCUAGCGUAGACCAUUGAGUUUUGUUUCAGGACGGAGACUGUAGUGUCACUGCCACCGGUGCCCGCGGUGGGCCGGAGCCGAGGAUGCCUUAGUUCUGUUCGUUUCUCACCAUCGUCUGGGCGGCUUCCCGUUCCCCGCGAAUCCCAAUCUCUCCACGGCAACCCACACACGACACGCCACCAAGCUUCUUCCCGUCCUGGCGAGUCUCUCCACACUCGACGCUUCAACUGGGAAGCAGCGGUUUUCUCGAACAUUUUGGAUGGUUUGGGAAAUGUGCGAAGCAACGGGAGCACCCGCAACUACUGGUCUGCUGCAGAUCUCAUCGGCACAUCGUGGCCAUGGCGAAAGCUCGCUGCCGUGGGUGGUGGUGCCCGUGAUGUGUUCGGGGUAUUGCGCGACAGCCGCGACUUGACCGGAAUGGUCCCCAUUGGCAUGAACGGAGGGGCGUUGUUGUGAGCUGAGCUCUCCUGCGCGUUCGAGGAAAAAAAAAGGAGACACAAAUGAGAAAGACAGAAAGCUCACACCCUUUGGAUUGGCAUCUUUGAUGUUAUUCACCUGUAGGAAGUUGAGAAGUCUAUUCAUUAGGGGUUCCUUUCUGCAAGAAGUUCAUUUAGAGUCUGAUGCUCAUCAGUUUGCAUUCGGAAACUCCUUGGGGCUAGGAUGCCCAAUGGCAUCAGCAGAGAUUUCAUUCUCGAAGUGUAGCAUUGAAGGCCAUGGCAAGAGCAGACUUGGAGGGGGAAUUUGGAAGCUUUCCUCUGAAUCUGAAUCAAGCCCAGGUUAUUUCAAACCUUUCCAGGACUUGGAAGUGGAUACUGCAAAGUGUGGUGAGCCUCCUGCCUGGAUGGAGUCAUCGAGAUGAAGAGAAGACGUUGGGUUGUUUUAAAGGGAGAGGGAGACGUCUCAUGCCCUCCUUGCUUCUACUGGAUUCGUGGAAUGGGCAAUUUGCUGUGGUAGAGAAUCCUGGCUUUUGGAACUGGACCUUUACCCUGAUAGAUGAGGAUGAUAAUGUAUUAGCUCAGAUUGACCGUAAUUGGAGGGGAAUCGGCUUUGAGCUCUUCACUGAUGCUGGCCAGUACGCAAUCAGAUUUGGUGAUGAAGGACAAAGCCGUAAAUUUGGUGUCGCCACAGAUAUCGAAGAAGUACAUGUUGUUCGCCAGCUGACUUUACUUGAAAGGGCUGUGGCUCUUGCUCUUGCAGUGUCCCUUGACAGUGAUUACUUCUCUAGGAGAGGUGGCUGCUCUUGCUGCUUUCAGGGGACUUUCGUUUCUCAUUGCCACAGAGUAAUGACAUACAUGAACCGCCAUCAUCCAUGUAGUUGCAUCUCAUUCGCGACGUACACAAAGAAUAUUAGUUGCAUCUCAUUGUUGAUUCCUGAAGAAGCCUAGCAGUCGUACUGUUGUCACGCAGUUGAGAUCAUCGCAGAGGCAGGAAAUGAUCUCUGUGUGACGGUAUCCGAUUGCUCAUCAUUCUACUUCAUCUGAAACUUGAGAGCGGAUGUCGCUGAAGGAGUUUGGGCUUGCGUCCAACUUGCCUCCCUUCUAGCUCAAACGGUGACUGCUGAAGUUACCUUUUGCACGAUGGUAGUCCGGAUCGCGUGGGCCUUUUGGACGCUCUGAAGUCAGCUGGAGGUUGAAGUCGCGAAUGAAUGCGCAAGUAAAUCAGGCGUGAAUGCAGAUACCGGAUCCUAUGUGUUUGCUGCUGAUGUUUGCCUCAUGUUUACUGAAAAAUUGAUCACUGUUAUGAAUUACCAACAUCCUAGAUAGGACUAACCCUUUUUGAGAUGCAUGAUUGCCCAAGGUUUAUGUUUUUGUGUAUGGUUUAGAAUCAUACUUUGUGAUUUGAGGAAGUUUGGCUGUAAUUCUUGAUAUGAAAUCAACCCGAGUGCACAAUUUGCAUGUACCGUCUACAAUGAAACUGAAGAGUUCAUGUAUUUAGAGUC